CCCACAAGAGGAAUACACGGAAAACUGGUCAAGAGACUCUUUGAAAGUGUCAUAAUUCUGAAAAUGCUCUACGCCGCUGAUGUAUGGUGCGCAGGUCUAGUUGAAAAGGGCAAGGGGAAAACUGGGGGGGGGGGGGGGGAUGUGAUGGCAAGAGUCCAGCAAAUGGCCACACUGCUAGUAACAGGAGGACUAAGAUCAACUGCAACUGAUACUCUAGACAUGCAUGCUAACAUACUUCCUUUUCAACAGACACUUCGAAAAGUUUGCCAUCAAGUGUCCCUAAGGAUGGCAUCUCUCCCGCCCCCACAUCCGCUAGCCAAGGAGAUCAGAGUAGCAUAUGAAUACAGUGCAAGAAGACAGUUCCAGAGGAGAAAAUGA